UGCAGGUGGCGAGCUCACAACCACGGACGGAUAUUUGUACUUCCGGUUGAGUUGCUCUUCCUUUCCUUUCGGCCAUUUGUCGUAGACGGUGAGUUUCUGUCGAGCUCUUCUCUAAAAAAGACCAAAAAGACGUUUUUUACGGUUGGAUCGGAUUUUUGGUGUCGUGUGUAAACGUAACGUGUAUAUACUGCUAUAAAACACAUUUUGACUGAGUCUGUUGUGUAUAAAGUGUGUUAAAAUGAACGGUUUGUGAGCCGCCACAUGGUCGUAAUGAAGGCUAAGUGCUAACUGAAGAGCUAACUGUGUUCAUAUUCACUAUUAACACUCAAGAUUCUGCUCUUUUUUGUCGGAGUUAUAUUAAAUAUCAUUAUUACCGGAGUCUGUGUGUAUUAUUGAACCCCUGCCGUUUAUUUCAGAGUCACUUAAGUAACAGGAUAAAUCAGCUGUUCGUGUCUAAUCCUGGUGUAUUUCCCUGUUUUAGGUCUGUAGGUGACUCUUUCUUGACAACCUUCAAAGAUGCAGAACGACGCCGGAGAGUUCGUGGACCUGUACGUCCCCCGUAAAUGGUGAGUUUGAUAAAAUACACACUUUGAUUCAUGUGGAUUUACCUUUUAUUGAAAGUCUCCUGUCUGACAGUAGAAGAAUAAACAUCUCCUAACUUUAGGACCUCUCAUGAUCUUCUUGGUUUCUGUAGAUUAUAUAUUAUAGAGGACGGCAUCAGUCAUAUAGGAUUGUUGUUUCUGACUCAUUCAUGGUUUGUCUUUAUGUUCUUCAGCUCUGCCAGCAACAGGAUCAUCGGGGCCAAGGACCAUGCCUCCAUCCAGAUCAACAUCGCCGAGGUAAAUCCAGACUUACAGUUUUACAGUUUCUGAGUCUGUUACUGAGUCAUGUUGAACUGAAGUCAGUCCUCCUCUGCAUGUACUCGAACCAUCAACUUCUUAUACAAAACCUGAGUCUGUCCUCCUGAAAAAUUCACUUUCAACUGCAAUAGGUGUUUGGAUUGAAAGUAUAUAAGCAUGUAAGACUGGAAAUAAAACAGCGAUAUAUCUGUACCGGCUCUCACAAGACUGAUUUGUUAAUAUCAGAUUUUAAUUUUGUUUUUAUUGAAGACAUACAUCUGAAAUUCAUUUGUUGCAAUGUUUUGCUCGGAAAAGUCUUUCGGACUCUUAUCAGUUAAUGACAUGUUUAUCUAUGUUCAUUGACUCAGUUUUUUGUUUGUAUUAUUUUGUUAAACGCAAAAAAACAGAAAGUAAAGAAUAAUCAACAAUGUGGCAUCAUCAUUAUAUAUCAGUUGACCUGCUCUCUUAUUAUCAGCUUGGUAGGUAAAAGUAAAAUCAGUCGUCCACUUCAUCAGUCCGUCUGCAGUAGUCUGCUGUUUGACUUAGUGGAGCGGACUCAGUGUAACCUGACCAUUGCAUAGACUUUUGAUCUUUGUACAUUGUUACUGUGAGAUUUCCUACAAAAAUGAUACAUGCAUGAAUGUAAAGCUGUUGUUAAUGGACCGAAGUGUCUUAGAGGCUAAAAGCUCGCCUUUGAGGCAGCAGAAGGGGCGCCGCAGUCAGGUGGAACAGUGUCAGCAGAUAAUGUUGUAAAUAAUUAGGCAGCUGCACGUGAUCCUGGUCAGGCUGAUGGACUUUUAAACAGUGUUAAAAUAUAAGUCUUACCAUUGGGAUAGCAAGUAGACAGUUGGUUUGAUGGAAAUAUUGUAAGUCAAAGAGUGAGGUUAAAAACCAGAGAAGUGAAGCUGCUUCUGUACGUUCAAGAAAUCCAGCUCUGUGUCGCACAUUGAGCUGGUUUUGUUCGGUUGUUGCAGUUUUACUGAGAUCCAGUUUCUUAUUUCAGGUCAUACAGUUUGUAAUCUGUCGUGCCUGUUUGUUUCUUGUGAUAUUGCAUGUGUCAUUUUGUGUGCGCUGUUAUCUGAAUUCACUUUGCACGUAGAUGUAAAACAUGAAGGGUUUUUUAAACUAAAAUCUGAACUUGUACUUAGAGAGGGUCGUCCUCUUCCUCUAAUACAGCGGUACUUUCUGUUGUCUGCAGGUUGACAAGGUGACUGGUCGCUUCAAUGGUCAGUUCAAGACCUACGCUAUCUGUGGAGCCAUCCGCAGAAUGGUGGGUCUUUUUUUUUUUUCUGCUUCACAUAAAUUCACACAAGAAAACCUUUUCAAUAACAUCACCAGUCAUUACUGAGGCCUCCACAGGAUGAGAGAUAACCUCAACUGGAUUUCUUUCUGCAAAAGUCUGUAUGAAAUAUGCUGAGAGAUAUGGAUAAACUUUGUCCUGGACAUCUAGAAAGACGUUUACUUCUUUAUUAAUCCAUCACACACAACUUAGUGCAGAAAUUAUACAAAUCCUGACUCUUCCAGCCAUCGUUGACUCAUGAAUUUAUUUGCUUUACUGCAUAUAAACCUCUGAUGGAAAGUCUGCAGUGACUUUAGAGGUCUGUGCUUACCUCCAUACAGCAGUGGGCAAUGUGCUGCAUGUUUUUGUUGAUUUUUUGCUCUACUACAGAUCAGUUAAGAAGUGUACCUUGUUAAAAUUAUUUGGGAACAUAAUGCAUCAGCAUGAAAUCAUCAUGAUGAACUCUUAUUUCUGAAUCAGACGACAAAUGUUUUGAGAUAUCUGAAACUGUCAUUUUUGUAUUGAAAGUAAUGUUACUUGGAGCUCGUUUGGAACAGUUAAAGUCUUUCGAACCUUUUGUCCUGAUCAGUUGUGUUUUUGUCCUCUUGCAGGGUGAGUCUGAUGACUCCAUCCUGAGGCUGGCAAAGAACGACGCUGUUGUUGCAAAGUAAGAAUUCAGUCUCUUAUUACAUCAUUUCAUUUAUUAUGUUGUCUAAAAACAAAAAAAUUAUCUUACAAAAUCACAGCAUAUAUUAACAUUCCCUGUCGAUUGUUUUGAUCAGCUAACAUUUUCUCCCCUUUCUUUUUUUUCCUCAGGAAUUUCUAAGUGGAGCUGGAGAAACAGAAAAUUUGUAAAAUAAAAAUGACCCAAAAAAAGUGUCUUUGUCAGUGUCGUUUGAAUUUAUUGCAAACUCUCACAUUGAGAUUUUGAAGGUGAACUCUGACUUUUAGAGUCGGUGGAUUCUACCCUGA